AUGGAAAAGUGGAUCAAGGCGCUGUUUAACCACCUUAGUAAGUUGCUAGCAGUAGAAGUUCCUGGUUUAAGAACAGGAUCCAGUAAAGUGCAAGAAUGUUCAAUCAAAACAAGGCUUGCACGAACUGGAGUGCUCAACCAGCCAUUUCCAAGGCGCAUUUUAAUGGGAGGAAGCAAACGGAAACUCAGAUCUGUCUGGAAUCAAAGAAAUCCAAACCUCUUUACUUGUCGUGUAUUCUCAAAUCUUGGUAGUUUGGCGGGGAACCAGUUUUCUUCGGCCACCAAAGCUCGUUCUCUUUCGAGUUUGUUUCAAAACAAAGUUCGUAGCAUGUACCAUGAACCCUGGAUGAUGUCAGAUGAGGAAGUUUUGGAUAUUAUUUCUAAGCACGAAUGUGCAGAAGUGCUAAAUCGUGGUAUUGUUAGCAAGUAUGAGUCAAAUCAGUUGCCGUCAAACAAACCUGUUGAAGAUCGAAGAUUUGUUUCCACGCUUUUGUAUGACAGCGAUGCCUUGUUAGUUGGAGUGUUGGAUGGUCAUGGCGGGGACACAUGUGCUCAUAAUGUUUCUCAACGUCUUUCGGACUAUAUUGGUGCUGCACUGUUACCAACAGAUGUUCUUGUAGGCUCCACAGUGAAAAACUAUUUAUUUUCUAAGCAUUUCCUUGUUUGCAACAACCCUGGUAUGUACAACUUUCAUGAGGAUCCUGUUUGCCAUGAGAAUUUAAAAGGAUUCUUUAUGGAUCUCAGAAGGAUUCAAAAGAGACUACAUACAGGGGCUGAAGACUCACCCACUCUUACCCACCUUAAGGAGUCUCGCUCAGGUUACCAAACCGCUAUCACUGAGACAAGGGAGGAGGAAAUUUUCCAUACCAUGACAGCUAUUUCUAAAGCCUUUCUGAGAUUAGAUAGCGAUUUAAGCCAGGAAGCUUUUACUCAAGGGAAAGACAAGGAAGGCAACAAACAUAAAUUUAAAUCCAUAUCAUCAGGGGCCUGUGCAUUGGUUGUGCAUAUAAAAGGUACUGAGCUGACUGUGGCAAACUGUGGAGACUGCCGUGCUGUAUUGGGUGUUCAGAGUGAGGAUGGAUUGUGGUCGGCAUUGCAGUUAUCCAAUGAUCAUACAGCAGGUGAGUACCUUUCCCAGGGUUUUCAAGAAUGAUAAUGAUAAUGAUAAUAAAAAUAGAUGUCUUUAUUUUUCAUAAGAUAAAAACUACAUAUCUUAUGUCACAUAUUUUGAAAAUAUGACAGCCAAUAGAGAAAUUAAAAAAUAAUAAACAUAGUGGUUGGUUACAUAUUAAGAUUGUAUCUAUAGGUAAGUCUAGUGAUAAAAGUAUUCUUAAAACGUUCUGUAUUAAUUAGAGUGUGAGCGCUAUUCUUGUUGCGCAAGUUAGAAUUGAUGACCUUAGUCUUUGAGACUGCUCAUGUAGCGGGUGAGUACCAAGUUGAGAAUUUUUUAAAAAGCUGUCGUGUCUUGUUUUUCUAAUGAAGCUCUAACAUUUAAUCUAACUGAAAUGUAUUGCCUUUUCAGGGCUCGAAAUUGCGACCGAUACGGUCGCAUUUGCGACUUAAUUUUUCUUAUUUGUGACUAGAAAAACGAGAGUAGUCGCAAAUUUGCGACUAGGUUUUGCCUUAACUGAUACGAAAUAAAAGGACUAGCACUUGAAUUUUUGCUUAAAUGAAUUUAGAAAUAAAAAGAUUCAUUGAAGUAGCGUCUUAUAAUUUUGUUACAAUCUGAAGGUUUACCGUAAUUUACCGGGAAUGCAUACACGCAAUGAUAUUCCUUUAACAGCACGCCAUUUUCAGCGGGUUCUGUAAACAUGUACAUUGCAGGCUCAUAUUUCGUUUUGAUUUGCCGCUGACAGUCGUUAGUCACUGAGCAAGAUCAAAGGAACAGAAACAAGCAGAAAAACUGGAGUCAAUAACUUUCGUUGGUAAAAAAUGAGUACUUAGGGCUUCAUUGUUUCUUCAUUUGACAGUAACGGUUAGUUAAAAAAAAAAGAGUUACAUGUAAAAUAAAUCGGUUCCAAGUGGGUUGCGAAUCUACGUAUACAUGAAAACGAGGUUUAGCAAACAAAGAUGGCGGAAUGUCCGCAUGGCACGUAACGUCAUAUUGAAUGAUUCAGUCCUUCAGGGUUCUUUGAAUAAUCACUGUAGUAACACCCCUGAUACUUCAGAUGUAAAGCUUAAUAUAUAAAAGAAUUCGUUACUUGUUUUGUCAUCGGUGGAAAACCUGCAAAAGGAAAAACUAAAGGAAUUUAGUUACGUAACGUAACCUAUAACCCUGUCGGAUGUCCGCCCAGUACAAAGUUAUUGCUAUUUUGCAGAGAUUGGAGGCAUUUAAGAACUGCAGUUUCCUGCUGUAAUAUCUGUUCAUGAUUUGGAAAUCUAUCGCUUUGACUAAAGUAACAGACACUAAUUUAUGUGCCUUAACGCAGGUUCAACUUGAUCGUUUAGAUGAACUGGUGUUGUCCGAGAUGCUAAACGUUCUGUACUAUUAAGUCUCGAAAUGACAUGAAAGCUGUUGAAAGAAUGAAAAUUAAAGCGUUAAGCAUUUAAAAGCCUACUUAUUUCUUGAUUAAAUGGCCUCAAUUAAUUUCGCGACUAACAUUUUCAAAGUUGCGACCAAAUUUUCGUAACUAGUUGCAAAUUUGCAACCAGACAUUUUUUUUAAUUUCGAGCUCUGCUUUUAUGGCAUCUGUUUAGAAAAUCUUGCACUGUUGCUAUUUCUGGCUCUGAGGUUUCAUGUACCACUAGUGCAUAGGUGACAUUGGGUAAAACUAUGGUCUUAAAUGAACAAUCUACCUCAAGCUGACUACAUCCCUCCUUUUGCAUAGGUCUUAUAAGGUACAGGCAUUUAUUGGCCUUAGGAAGCUUGUCCUUAACAGGCUUAUCCCAUCUAUAGUCUUGAUGGAAAUUUAGUCCAAGGACAGUAAGUCUGGAGCAUAGUGGUGUGUUCUAAAUCAUUUUAUAAACAUCGUUAUGUCUCUUCUACUGGAAAACAAGCUCCUUACACUUACAGGGAUUGUAUUUCAUUAAACUGCUACUACACCAUUCUGAAAUUUUUUUUUAACCAAGUUCAGCUGCUGGGUCAAUUGUUCUUAAACAACAAUUGUGCAGUCUUCAGCAUAUGUGAAACUAGAGACAGUUUCCCAACCCAUACUCAUCUCUAAGUCAUUCAGAAAAAUGCUAAAUAAAUAAGGGCCACUCACUCUUCCUUGUGAAGUACCCUUAUUUACAUGCUUCCAAUCACAGAUACCGGUAACUUUAUCAUGUGCCACCCCUUGCAUUCUGUCCUUUAGAAUUCAACCACUGAUUGACAAUAUAUGGGUGUAGAGGGAUGUCUUAAGUUUGGUAGCAAGAAUUUGGUGGUUUACGGAGUCAAAUGCCUUGCUAAAAUCUAUGGUGAACAUACUGACAGCCUUGCAGUUAGGAUCAUCAAAGAACUUGCACACUUUAUGCUGAAUGAACACAGAUGACUGACAAAACACGUCACCUAUUUUGCUCAGAGAAGUAGGCUACUUUCCCCUCCUAAAUUGGAAGCUGAGAAUGAAGUUUAAACUCAAAGAAUGAUUCUAUCAAAACUAGAAUAUUAUUAACAUUCAGUGUGCUGGACUCUGCUUCAAUUUUAAAAUAUUUAUGAAAAGAUUGAGCCUCUCAUCUGUACAUUACGUAUCCAUUCUGGUUAGAAUGAUGUUAUCUUUUGUACUCAAUUUAGUGCCGAAAGAACGCUACAAAUUGCAUUUUAGGACACUGCUAUUUCUAAAUUUUCUAGGGGAGCAUGCCCCCAGAUCCACGUAGGAAAAGAAGAUUAAAAGCCGCUUGUUCAUAAAGUUGGUUACUUUAUUCAAACCUGCUGGCUACUUGAAUUUUUAUUGAAACCCCUUCUUACCCACCAAAAAAAAAGCUAUUGGUGGUAAAUGCAUGACAGACAUCUCUCUAAGAUGGACAGAUGGUGCCAGUCCCAAAGCUGACAGUCUUAGAAAGUAGUUGACUGUAGAAAACAAUUUCUCUAUGCUCUACAAACUAAAAACUUGGCAGUAGAAUUUCUCGCCUGUGGCUCCACUUAAGUAGAACAUUUCGAUAUCUUUCUGUGGUCUGUAAGAGUAGACAGAAUGUGUGGAAAAAAUUGUGGUCUCUUUGUUUUUUAGAAUAACAUUAAAUGUUGUUAAUUCAUUUAUAGUGAACUUGCUAUUCCAAAAAAAUAUGGGUAAAAAAAUAUUGAUAUUGAAAUAUUGACCUUGGAAAUUGAGUGACUUUUUGUAUCAUCUUUUUUUGUUGUUCAAAGGCCAUUUUGUGCCUCAUCAGGAUGAAACUUCAUGAUUUUAGUGUAUUUUACACUCAGAAACUUAUGAUCACCAUACUGCGUCUAGCUUAGUGCUUACUUCAUGCAGUUAAGGUGACUGGCUGCUCCUUGAAGCAGGGGCGGAUCUAGGGGGAGGGUGCAGGGGGUGCGCACCCCCCUAAGAUGACCUGCAGUUUUCUAAUACAAAUGGUAUUCUGCCAAAAAAAAAAACUAUGUGGUUUAUUGGCGUUGAAGUAGAGCAAGAGACGAGUGCACCCCCUCCUAAAAAAUUAUCCUGGAUCCGCCCCUGUAAAGAGGCUGUGUCACGGCAGUCCAGUUCAUUCUGUUUAAUUUUGCCAAUUACUCGCCCUCAAUCGCUAUGGAACUUAAAGUAAGCAAAGAAACUACACGUAAAUGACAAAAUCAGAGAUCCGAGACAAACAAAUAUGUCUCCUGAACAUUAUUUUUGAAGUUGCAAACAGCAGGGACCAACUUUGAAAAACUGUUAGGCUGAACAGUUUUCAAAAACCCUAAUUUCAAUCCGUUUCCAUCUUCUUCAGUUUUGCCCAACCGUGGCAUCAGUUGUUUCUGUUAUGCUGUUUGAACCUUCCUUUAAAGUUUUAAGUGGCUAUUUUUAUGUUUCUCUUAACUUAACGGUCAUUUUGUAAUUUCCUGAUUUGGCUGAAUUUCGUGACACAGCUCCUUUAAGGUGUGGGACCCAUCAAUGUCAAAUGCACCACACCUACAUUUGUAAACUCAUCCAUUGUCACUAAAUCAAUUCAGUGUUCCUCAUGAAUUUUCUUCUCUUACAGGGAACCCAAGCGAAGUUCAGCGGGUGUUGAAUGAGCACCCUGUGGAGGAAGCCUAUACCUGUCUCAGGUCUGAAAGGCUUCUGGGACGUCUUGCACCUCUAAGAGCAUUUGGCGAUGCUAAAUUUAAAUGGAGUAAGAGGAAGCAAGAGAAAGUGUUUCAACAGAAAGGGCUCGCGCAUCUGUCAGAUUUUCAUACGCCACCUUACCUCACGGCUGAACCGGAAGUGACGUCAUACCAGUUGCAGCGUUCAGACAAGUUUUUAAUCCUUGCCAGUGAUGGAUUGUGGGAUAUGCUAAGUAAUGAAGAGGCUGUGGACAUUGUGCGGGAGAAUUUAAAGCGGCGUAACCCUGGUAGCAGUAUCGUUUACCAAAGGCAAGAAUCAGCUGAUGAUGAUGAACUGAAAUCUUCUUGUGAGUUGGAGAACGCAGCUUCUUGUCUCAUCAAGGAGGCUCUUGGUGGUGCAGAUCACGUGUCUGUAACCAUGAGCUUAAGUAUCCCAUACCCUGAUGUGCGUAGAUAUCGUGAUGACAUCACUGUUACUGUGGUGCAUUUUGAUUGGAGCAAUGUGGCAGUGGAGUAGCUUCCUGUAAAAAAGGCCUUGCCCUACGCAAUAAUCAGUAGGCCCUGUGGUGCCUAGUUCAAAAGUCGACAUAAAGCUGUAUGGAAAGUAUCUUAGCGAGGAAAAGUUGGAACUGAGGAAAGAACACAUUGAUCAGGUGAAUUAUCUCACCAGCGCGUUCAUUGUCGUUUGACUUUUGAUAGCUUAAAUGAAUGUGUUCGUGUUUGGUCAGUAAUUCUUAGUUCAAGGAAACUUUAUCUUUAGGAAACUCGGUCCUGUCACACUCAAUAGUGGAGCUUAUGUUUAUUUAUGUGCUGUAAAUAAUAAUUAUGUACUCUAAAUUGAUUCGCCGUUCUUGGCUAUCCCAGAUUUUACCACCCAUAUAAACAGCACAAAAUAUUUGUGAAAGGGUCUAUUAUUAACGGGGAAAGCGAAAGUGUUUUUAUAUUGCCAGGUGUCUUUAGGUGAUAACUGGUUGUUAUUCUUAAUAAGUGACAAUGGUAAAUAUAUGUGUGAUGGUCGAAAGGACAGUAAUUCUCGAUCGAUCAUCUGAGAUUGUCGCGGUUAAUGCGUGGCCUGUCUUCCUGUCUUAUUCCACAGUGAACCAUUUUUCAGCGUGAAACAUUGUCAAGCAUAAGAAUUGACUGUCUCUGACAGAAUUAAACUUGAAGAACUGUAUCUUUCGAGUUAAUUAUGUAAUAUGUCUUGAAAAAAUGUCUCCAAUUCUUCUUUUCGAAGGGAGUACUCUUGUACCAGAAAUUGUUUCCCAAAUCAUUGGUGUCGGGUCCUUUACAAUAUAUUAUUAUGUGCGUUAUAUAUUGAGGUAACGUUAUUCCGAAAAAAAAAUACACAAGGG